AUGGUGGACAAUGAAGCUGAACGAUUGAACAAAUCGGUCGGCGAAUCGAUUAAGGUCUCUGCUUAUAGGAAACCUCUGUCCAAAUCAAAACUGCCCAGAACGGUGGGAAAUGCACAAAGCUGUAUUUACCAGAGUCUAACUCGGUCUCGUUUAGACGUAAUUUCUGAUGACGUGAUGGACAAAGGCAAAACUGACAGUGGUGGAAAUUUUUUUCUUGAUGGCAGUGCUGACGAAUUCACAAAAAUCGACCCCGUACUGAAAAUCUACCACGACUGUGAUGACGGGAUGAUUCCUUGCCAACGCAGAUGGAAAAUCACUAUACCAAAGCAGUACAUCUCCAAGAGCACUACUAAGCAGCCGGCACCAUUCGAUUUCGGAAAAGUGAACUUGGAAGCCCGUCUUUACGAAGACCGCAACUGUUUUUACCAAGGAAUGCGCGGACGGGAUGCAGUUUCAGUGCAGGACCUCCUCGCCAGAGGCAGAGAUCUAAUAUCUGACGACGUGAUGGACAAAGGCAAAACCGACAAGGACGGCGCGUUUGAAUUAGACGGAUCAGCCGACGAGGCUCUGAAAAUUGACCCGGUGCUGAAAAUUUACCACGACUGUGACGAUGGUCUGACCGUAAGUACCGAGAGGGUAGGCUUCACAACGAUGUCUGACCCUUAUUUUCAGCCAUGUCAACGUAGAUGGAAGAUUACGAUUCCGAAGCAAUACAUCGGCAAAAGUUCGUCAAGGAAGCCGCAACCGUUCGAUUUCGGUCGAGUGAACUUGGAGGCACAGAUUUCGGAAGAUAGAAAUUGCGUUUAA